UGGUGUGCCCACUGAGCCAUGGCAGAGCACCGUCCACACUGUGACCUCAAGGCCUGCUAUUUCCUGAAGCUAACUCUCUGCUUCCUGGUCUACGUGCUCUUCGGCACGGUGGUCUUCUCUGCUGUUGAGCAGCCUUGGGAGGUGCAGAUGAGGAAGGAGUUGGUCGAGAUGAAGUCCACGUUCUUACAGCAGCAUGGCUGCAUCCCAGAGCCAGAGUUGGACGCUCUUCUGCACAGGGUGAUCACCGCCAGCAACUAUGGUGUCUCGGCCUUGAGAAAUGCUUCGGAUGACCACAACUGGGACUUGGCCUCAUCACUCUUCUUCGUCAGUACUGUGCUCACCACCAUUGGUUACGGGCACAGUGUUCCCUUCACCAGUGGAGGCAAAGCCUUCUGUAUACUGUACUCAGUGUUGGGGAUUCCCAUCACCCUUCUCCUGCUCACCAGCGUGGUGCAGCACCUCAUGUUCUACGUGCACUGGGUGCCCAUCACGUACAUCCACACCCACUGGCGCCUGGCCAUGCCAGUGGUGGCCCGGAUCCAUGCCCUGGUAAUUGGCAGCGUGGUGGCUGGUUGCUUCUUCCUGAUCCCGGCGGCAGCGUUCACGGCUUUGGAGGAGGACUGGGAUUACGUCUCGUCUCUCUACUUCUGCUUCAUCUCCCUCAGCACCAUCGGCCUGGGGGAUUAUGUUCCUGGCAAUUCCCGUUACCCCAGCCUUCGGAACCUCUACAAGGUCGGCAUCGCAUGCUACCUGGUGAUCGGACUGGUCGCUCUGCUGGUGGUUCUCGAGAGCUUCUACGAACUCCAGGAACUGCAGCGUUUUAUCAAAAUCAUCAUGGGUCACCCGGACAAGGAGGGACAACUGCGCAUCACCGAGCGUGAGGUAGCCAUCACCAGCUCAAACCUAGACACCACGGGCUGUGAGGAAAACGCCAACGAGGAUGGCAAAGUGGACAGGAGCACCAAGAUGGCGUCUGAACCCUCCCCGGAGCAAUGAGCCCACCGACCCAGAGCACUGCACACCAUUCAAUUGGCUGGACAUCAUCUCCCUCACAGGCAUAGUGACGUCAACAAGGGCUGCCUGAGAGGAUGGAUCCAGGCCUUCCCCAUGGUGCUCCACCAGGACAGAGAGCAUCUGUUCAACCCCCUAGAGUCCCCUCCCACUUCUGUGUGGGCACCUCGUCUGGCAAGUGUGAAUGCCCCAUUUUGCAAACACAAUGCUAGUCUCGUUCUUAUUUAA